AUGGAAAAGGAAAAAUACUUGUAUGAAAAGCACCAGAAUGCAACACUGACAAUCAAUCAAUUGGAUGGAUGGAGAAAUGGAUGGAUGGAGACACAAAGACAAGCAAUGGAGACAAAGCGGAGUCCACUAUUCUCAACAUUGAAUAUUGGAGAAGAAUUGCGGCUCUUCAUGGCUGGAGCCAAGGGAAUAUUGCAGAUGUCAUGCUCCGUGCUGGCGCAAGCCCUGAUCUCAGGAAUGGAUGAGCACGGUCGCCUACCGUCAUUUCAUGUGCAAUGUGGGCACAGAUUGCGCAUAGAAAUGUUACGCAUAGUCGCUGGGCGUAUCAAGAUGAGCUGCAGCGACUAUCUCAUGCUACUGGACAACCCGCCAGAUCACUGGCACGCAGAUGAUAGCCUUGAGGUCCUACAGAAAUUGACUGUUGUCAGUGCUACCUGCUCAACAUGCCAAUGCCCAAUUGAAAACCAGGAUGGCGAUGAACCCUCGCACCAUGCCAAGAAUCACAGUGACAACUCAGGUAAUAAUGAUGAUGCGGAGGAUGAUUAUGGGGAAGUCCUACCUGCAGAGAGAAAGGCGAAGCUCACACAACUUUUCAAAUCGAACAAAGAACUAGCUGGAUCGCGCACACGCAAUGCUAUUACCCCUCGUAUCAGGUAG